UCACGAUUGAGUUGAAUAAGAGAGAAAGAAGGAAAUGAAUAAGAAUAAAAAUUGCGCACGAGAAUCAUUCAAUUACAAGCCAUUGUACCGUAUAGACUGAAAUACAAUAAUAUUAUGAGAUUCACAGUCGUUUUUGUGCUUCUCCUGUUACUCGAAAGUGCUGAAUUUAAAGGUGGUCGAGGAGGUGGCGGUGGUGGAUUUAAAUUAUUCUCAUUCAAAAAAGCCUCAGGAAAAUCAGCAAAGACAAAACAAAAGCAAAUAUCUCGAGUGCCUGCAAAAGCGCCUGAAAAUGAUGUCAAUAAUGGAAAUAAAUAUUUUAAUCGAGACGUGCCAUUCACACAAAAAGAUUAUGGGAUGAUAUUCUCAAAAGGAUUAUCCAAGAAUUCUUACAUCUAUAAUAAUUAUUAUCGAACGCAUUCCAAGACAGCAGGAAUCGCACAAUUUCUCACAAAUGCUUUAUUCUUUCGUGCUGGCAUGAGAAUUGGACGAGAGAUGAACAAUCCGUAUGAUGAAUGGAAUGAAGAAGACGAUAGGCGGUGGAGAAUGACGACAAAAGCUCCGUAUUUUGAAAACAAAAUUCCUGGAACACGAAAAAUUCUCCCCGCAUCAGCAAUAGACGGUGCUGCAACAGCAUUCGGAUUAGAGUCAUUACUCCCAUUAAAUAUUCCACCAAAAAGUCCACUAAUGUAUUGCACAAAUUCACAUGAAUUACGACAAAAUCGAAUAAAAUUGAACGGCACAAUUUAUUCAUGUGCGAAUGAGAAAAUUUCAAUUGACUGUGCGGACUCGAGCAUUGAAUGCGAUGUCGAUUGUAAUUUUAAUAAUAAAAUUUUCUGCAUAAAUGGAACUUUAUAUACAAAUGUUGAAAUUUUUUGUAACACAUCCAAAAAUGACGUCCUUGAGUGCAACUUCGGUCAAUUGGCAAGCGAUUUGGCGUCAUUUAUACCAACAACAAAGGCAGCAAUAGUACAAAGUAAAGGUCAAUCGGGUUUAACGAGAAUAUACAAUUAUUUUAUGAAUCUUAUUGGACUUUCGACAGACGACAGCAAAUCUGCUGACUCAAAUGUUUUACAAUCAAAUUGGAUACCACAAGCUCUAGAGAUUCCACCUGAGCCAAUAACAACACCUGAGCCACACAUUUAUCUCGUAAAGUCUAAUGAUAAUAAAGUAAUGUGGCACUACUAUCGUUCAUUAUCCGACAUUUAUCUUCGUUCUGAAAAAUUAAAUGUUCCUAUGAGCUCAUUUGAGAGAAAUAAUGUGAGAAGUUUUACAAUAACUGAGUAUAAUAAUAUGAAGGCGAACGAUAUUGAAUCGGAGCCGCCACCUGAGCCAGCACCGCCUGAAUAUCUACCACCCACACAUCGUGACAUUUCGAUGGCUAGCAUGAAUGCCAUUGCAAUGAAACAACCUUCCAAUUAUGUACUGAAAAUUGACAAAAAUGGUGAUCAAAUUCACGAGGAAUUCAUUCCACAGAGUCAGCACGAAUAUAUGACUGUUGGAAAUGCAGGCUACUCAACAAUAUCUAACCGACCAACGAUAGCCAAUGGAAUGCCAAGUGCGAGAUUCAAUUUAGAUAAAAGAUUCCAGUACAAGUGCUCAUGGAAAUCGUUUAGUAUUGCCUUAAUAUUCUUAAGUGUAAUUCUUUCAGCAUUGUUGGCUUAUUUUGCCGCCGUCAGUUCAAUGAAACCAAAUAUCGAUCCAUCAAAUUGUAUCCUCGUCCAAGAUGUUAAAUCAUCACAAACACUGGCCAAUUCACAAAAUAAUCAUCUUCGAUCGGAUAUGAUGAAUGUAGGCAUGGGAAGUAGCAGUAGCUCGUAUGGUAUUAAAGGAAUGCUUAGUCAGGAUGCAUCAACAACGGAAGAUACAGUAAUGACAACGACAAGUACAACAACGCAGCAUCAUCAUGUCUAUCAACCGAAAAUAUCUGACCAACAAUUGCAAAUUCACAUACAGCCAUCGAUAACAGAGUUAAAGGACUUUAAUGUACCGCACACCUCAACCGUACCGCCAUUUCAAUUUUGGAACAUUGAAUUCCGUAAUAAACAUCCGGCUUACAUUCAAUUUAAUCUUACGCUACCAUGGGGUGCAAAUUUUGCCGUUUAUGGACGUAGAAAUGUAUUACCGAGUGUCACACAACAUGACUUUGUGGAAUUCUUUAAGCGCGAGCGAUUAGAUCAUAACAAAUUGAGGCGUAAGCGCGAUGUUGUCGAUGAAAUAACGAGGAAUUAUGAGAGAACACAUGAGAUACUGGCUGAUGGACAUCGAAGACAUGACAAUAAACGAUUAAAUUACGAUAAUAAUCAUGAUAGUAAGUUAAGAAUUGAAAUGUUUGAAUUGGCUCAUCCGCAGCCUGUUGAGGACAUACCGAAACCACAUAUUAUGGAUACGUCAGCAUUCUUACAUUUGUCGCCGGAUGAGGAACAUAUUAUUGCCAAAAGAUCAGCACUAAAAAUCGAUAUUGAUGCAUUGAAAGUGAAUGUUUCGGUUUUAGAAUAUUUGGAUGUCGGUCGAUGGUUUUUGGCGAUUUAUAAUGAUGAACUUGUAGCACAUACUAUUGAUUUAACUGUCUCAGAAGCUGAAGGCGUUAGCAACAGUUGUCCAAAUGACUGUAGUGGACAUGGAUCAUGUUAUUUGGGUAAAUGUGAUUGUAUUGAUGGAUAUCAAGGUGUUGAUUGCUCGAAAAGUGUCUGCCCGGUUUUAUGUUCAGCACAUGGACAUUAUGGUGGUGGAGUUUGUCAUUGUGAAGAUGGCUGGAAAGGAUCAGAAUGUGAUAUACCAGUAAAUGAGUGUGAGAUGCCAACAUGCUCAAGUCAUGGACGUUGUAUUGAAGGCGAAUGCCAUUGUGAUCGUGGCUGGAAAGGACCAUUCUGUGAUCAAGCUGAUUGUCAAGAUCCAAAUUGUUCUGGACACGGAAGUUGUGUUUCUGGUCAAUGCUUUUGUAAGGCUGGAUGGCAAGGUGAUGAUUGUGCAGCUAGAGAUCAACAAGUUUACAAAUGUCUACCAAGCUGCUCCGAACAUGGACAUUAUGAUCUCGAAACAGCUUCAUGUGUAUGUGAUCGUCACUGGACUGGAUUAGACUGCUCACAAGCUGUUUGUAGCUUAGAUUGUGGACCAAAUGGAAUAUGUGAAUCUUCAAGAUGUCGUUGCAAUCCUGGCUGGACGGGUGCAUUAUGUGAGCAAUUAACAUGCGACUCACGAUGCACAGCACAUGGACAAUGUAAAAACGGAACUUGUGUAUGCUCACAAGGAUGGAAUGGAAAAUAUUGUACAUUACCUGGAUGCGAAAAUGGAUGCUCACGUCACGGACAGUGUACAUUAGAAGAUGGUGAAUAUCGAUGUAAUUGUAUUGAAGGCUGGGCUGGAUCUGAUUGUUCAAUACCACUCGAAAUGGUAUGCGACGAUGGUGUUGAUAAUGAUGAAGAUGGAAUGAUUGAUUGUUCUGAUAGUGAGUGCUGUUCACAUACAGUAUGCGCCGAUCACAUCAUGUGCUUGUCAUCCAAUGAACCGGUCGAUGUUCUAUUGCGAAAACAACCGCCAUCUGUAACAGCACCAUUCUUUCAGCGAGUUAAAUUUUUAAUUGAAGAAAAUAGCGUGCAAUCGUAUGCACAUAAAGAUGAAUACAGUGAAAGUCGUGUUUCGGUGCUGAGAGGACAAGUCGUCACGUCACAGGGAUUAGGUAUUGUCGGUGUACGAGUGUCUGUUGAUAGAGAUUCACGUUUUGGUUUCACAUUGACCAGACAAGGUGGAUGGUUUGACGUAAUGGUUAAUGGUGGUGGUGCAAUUACGUUGCAAUUUCAACGUUCACCUUUCCGGCCCAUGACUCGAACUGUGUUUGUCCCAUGGAAUCAAAUGCUCGUCUUACCGCCUCUUCUAAUGCAUCUCGUCGAUGAAGAUAACAGCAUAAAGCCAAAAUUGGGAAAGAGCAUGACAUUCAGUUUCUUGAACUCAAUCUCAUACUCACUCAUCGAGAAGAAUUCAACCGUUAAAGAUAAGUUAACGUGCAAGGACCACGAUCAUGAGUUAUUGAAGCCACACUUGACGAGUACAUGGAUGCCAAAUGCAAUUGGCUCAAUGUCUGGAAAGUCUGUAAUAUUUGCAGAAGCUGAGAUUGUACAAGAAUCAGUACAAAUUCCGGGCUCGAGUCUUUAUCUAACAUAUCAAUCGUCAAAAGUACCCGGAUAUUCAAGUAUUGUACGAAUGAAAUUGACGGGUGAUAAAAUCCCACCAUCUCUCACCCUCGUCCAUAUUGGCAUAGAAAUUGAGGGUUCAUUGCAUGUCAAAACAUAUGAAGCUGAUCCAAAUAUUGAGCAUACAUUCGCAUGGAAUAAACGUAAUGUUUACAAGCAAAAAGUUUAUGGUGCAGCAAUAGCAAGAAUUUCAAUUGGUUAUGAGCAUUCGACAUGCGAUGACAUUGUAUGGGAGACACAAACGGCAAAAUUGCAGGGCUUUGAUGUUGAUAUAUCGGAUAUUGGUGGAUGGGGAUUGAAUAUUCAUCAUCAAUACAAUUUCAAUGAGGGAAUUCUUCAGAAAGGCGAUGGAUCAACGUUACAUUUAAAGGAGUAUCCGAAAGUUGUACGUUCUGUAAUGGGAGUAAGACAGCAACAAAGACCAUUAAAUUGUCGUGAUAAAUGUAAUGGAGUGGCAAAGGAUAGUAAACUGUUGACACCCGUUGCUUUAGCAUCAGGUCCUGACGGCAGCUUGUAUGUUGGAGAUUUUAAUUUAGUCAGACGAAUUAUGACAGAUGGAAAUGUAAUUACAAUCGCUCAACUCAGUGCAACACAAGUGUCAUAUCAAUAUUAUCUAUGUGUAUCACCGGCUGAUGGACAUCUAUACAUAUCUGAUCCAGAGAAGCAUCAAGUUUUGAAGAUUUUAUAUCUAAUGAAUGUCACUGAUCCAGCAUCGAAUAUGGAACCAGUUGCUGGAAGUGGACAAAGAUGUAUACCUGGAGAUGACGAGAAUUGUGGUGAUGGUGGACCUGCCAAGCUAGCUAGACUCUCACAUCCAAAAGGAAUUACGAUUUCUGCUGACCGAACGAUGUUCAUUGCUGAUGGAACUAAUAUUAGAUCAGUCGACGAUAAAGGAAUCAUUCAUACAUUAAUUGGACAUCAUGGUCAUCAUAAUCAUUGGAGUCCAAUUCCUUGCAAAGGUGCUUUAUUUGCGAAUGAUGUUCAACUUCAAUGGCCUACAAGUCUCGCACUUAGUCCACUUGAUGGAAGUCUUCAUUUCACUGAUGAUCGACUAGUCUUAAAACUUACUUCUGACAUGAAGAUUAAAGUUGUUGCUGGAACUCCAUUACACUGUAAUAUCAAUGCAACUUAUGAUGAAGCAGCUCUCGGAACCGUCUUGGCUAUUGCAUUCUCACCAACUGGAGAUUUAUUCAUUGCUGACAGCGACUCAAGACGUGUCAAUUUGAUUCGAAUGCUGGAUACAUCUGGAAAUAUGAAGAUUUUUGCUGGGCAGCCUGAUGUUUUAACCUCCAACUGCAAAUGUCCAACAUUCAAGAAAUCUCAAUCAAAUAACAGCGCAAGCAAUCAACCACCAUGCUUAUGUCCCAACUCUAAAUCCAUCGAUGUAAAAGGCAACAUGUCAAUAAUGUCAAGUAACACUAGAUUCUUAGCCAUCUCUGCAAUGGCUGUAACACAAGACAAUGUUCUUAAUGUCGCCGAUAAAACAUACUUACAAAUUUUAUCACUUCAACAUUAUUUGCCAGCAUCAGAUCGUAGCUUUGAAUAUCACAUACCAUAUCCAUCGUGCAAUGAAAUUUACGUCUUUAAUCGUUUCGGUCAACAUAUCGCGACAAAAGACUUCUCAACUGGCAAAACUAUUUACACAUUCUUAUAUUCGAAAAAUACGAGUUUUGGAAAAUUAUCAACAGUCACGGAUAGUAUGGGUAAUAAGAUUCAAUUCCUUCGUGAUUACAGUAAUUUGGUUACGUCAAUUGAGAACACGCAAGACUAUAAAGCUGAAAUGAAGUUCUCAUCAAAUGGAUAUUUAAUUCGUGUGACAGAAAAAGGCAAAUCACAAAUAUCAUUCGAUUAUGAUGAGCAUGGAUUAAUAUUAAGUCGUUCAGGUAAUGGUGAGACAUUCAUUUAUCAAUAUAAUGAGUUUGGACGUGUUAAAAGUGUCAUUUUACCAAGCGGUGAGCAAAUUGAGCUCACAUCAAAAUUAAACAUUGAGUAUGGACUUGAGGUCGAAAUAAAAUCACGAAUUCCAUCACUCUUCUCGCAAAUACCAGCAAAUGUGACUAGCUUGAAAAUGAAUGGUGGCAUAAAGACAUUUGCCAUGGAACGUGGCAAUCAAAUGCUUAGGGCAUCAAUUAACAUUAAUAAUAAUUCAUUUGCCAUAGCUGAGAAUGAGAAGGUGAUGUUUGAGUCAUCGGCCAUUUCACGACAUCCAUCACUCGAGAAGUCACUGACUAUUGAGGCUGAAAUGUUACCAAUGUGGUCACAUCAAAACCUUUUUAUGAAUGAUGAUGUUAAUCGAAUGUUCAUGACAUACAGUAUGACAACGGAGGAUCCACGUAAUCCACAACAGGUGUUGGUUCGUGAAAUAUGGAUUAAUAAUACACGUACUUUGGGACUCAAGUAUGAAUAUUCAAGAAAUGUUGAGCAAUUUUAUGAUCGUGACCAAAAUACGAUAUUAGGUCUUACGUAUAAUAAUCUUGGACUGCCAAUAUCAUAUCAACCGACUAAUGGCUACGCAUUUAAUAUUACUUAUGAUAGAUUUAAUCGAAUGGAAGGUUGGAAUUGGGGACCAUCAGAAUUAAAAUUCAGCUACGAACGUCACGGUUUACUUUCGGAAAUUUCAUCGCAACAAGAUGGAAUCAUUUCGUAUAUUUAUAAUGACAAUAAUUUACUAUCGGAAAUUGGAUUGGCAAGUCAACGCAAGUUCAAUAUGGGUUAUGAUUCGGAUGGUGGAUUGAAGACGGUUCAAUUGCCGACUGGCACAAAACAUGUGUUUGAUUUACAAAGGUCAAUAGGAUUUAUUCGAUACACAUACACACCUCCUGGUAGUACUAAGCCAUAUCUUCAACAUUACUCGUAUUCUGGUGCAUUACUUCAGACAAUUUAUCCAGGCGAUGGUGCCAGAAUUGUUUACAGAUAUAAUGCACAAGGGCAAUUAUUGGAAAUAGUUCAUGGUGAGGGUAAAAGUGAAUUUACAUAUGAUAAAGAGAAUGGAAUGCCAAAUACUGUAGCUCAUACUGAACGCGAUCUUGAGUAUCGAUGGGAUUUCGAGUAUAAUGGAGCAUUAAUGACUGAGGAAAGAAUCGAUUUCAAUGCAAAGACUGGAUUAAGUAACGCCAAAUUUACUUAUGAAUAUGACUCAAAUUAUCGUCUGAUCUCAACGCAAGGACGUAUUGGUGGACAGAACUUGCCUGGCAUCACAUUCUUGUACAGCAUUAAAAGUGGAAAUUUAGAACAAAUUUCACAAUUUAAAAUCACACAUCCAAAGACAAACACAACAAAUGUCUACGAUGGUACAGCAACAUUUACUAGAACUGUCGAUGGACGAUAUCUUGAGACUGAAAUGACUGUCUACAUUCAUCGCAUGCAAGUCUUUAAGAUGGAGUUCAUGCAUGAUAUUCAUGGACGAAUAACUCAAACAAAGAUGUUUACAAGAAGUGUCGGUGUCACAAACUUCUCAAAUAUUAAGAACUACACUUAUGACUGCGAUGGUCAAUUAAUUGGUGUUGAUGCACAAGAGCCAUGGGGCUUCCGAUAUGAUGACAAUGGAAAUAUGUUGGCACUUUCAUAUCGUGGCAAUAAUAUUCCUAUGGAGUAUAACACAAUGGAUAGAAUAACUAAAUUCGGAGAGAAUUUCUAUAAAUAUGAUGACCAAGGACACAUUGUCCAAAAUGCACGUGAAGAGAAAUUCCAUUAUAGCACACAAGGACUACUUAUUCGAGCUACAAAGAAGGGUAGAUUCGAUGUUCGUUACUUUUAUGACCACAUGAAUCGUCUAGUUGUUCGUAAAGACAAUGUAAAUAAUGUCACUCAGUUCUUCUACAACAAUCAGGAACGUCCAUACGAAAUUUCACAAAUUUAUUCACCACGUGAUAAUAAAUUGAUGUCACUUUAUUACGACGAUCGAGGCCACUUGAUAUUUGUACAGACAUUUAGAAAUAAAUAUUAUAUAGCAACAGAUCAAUGCGGUACACCUGUGAUGGUUUUCAAUCAGUAUGGUGAGGGUAUUAGGGAGAUGAUGAGAUCACCAUUUGGUCAUAUUGUUUAUGACUCGAAUCCUUACUUGUACUUGCCGAUUGACUUCUGUGGGGGUAUUUUGGAUCCGGCCACAUCUCUCGUUCACAUGACAAAUGGAAAAGUUUACGAUCCACUCGUCGGUCUCUGGAUGACACCGCAAUGGGAAAAUACAUUUGAAAGAAUUCCAAAUCCAACUAAACUUCACCAAUAUCGUUUCAAUGGCAAUGACCCUGUAAAUGCAAGAGUCAACCGUAAGCCACCAUCAUCGACGAUGGAAUGGCUAAAUGCAAUUGGCUAUAAAAUUGACAGUAUGGCGCCACAGUUUAAUGAUGAUUUAUGGAAUGUUCCAUCACCAUUCGAUGUUCAGAAGGAAAAUUUCGUUCAUCAUGGCGGCUUAAAGAUUGCAUCAGGAUUCUUAUCACAUCUUAAAGAACGUCGACUGACAAGUCAAGAGAACUUUGAGACAUCCAAAGAAUCCGAAUUACGAUCAAAUUCAUCACCAUUUAGUCAAUUAAGAGUCGGUUCAUCAGCAGAUCCAGCGUUUGGUAAAGGCAUUGUCGUAACAAGAACAUUGGAAGGUCAAGCAAUUGUCUCAAGUGUUCCAGCAGCAAAUGCCAUUUAUCGUGACGUCUAUACAUCAGUGUUCAACCGCACAUUAUUACUGCCAUUUACUUUCAUUAUUCACAAUUCACUUCAUGAUGUUUUCCAUUUUGUGAAGGAAGACUCAUGGCGAUCGAGUGAGGAUAGACAGCAAUUGAAGCGUCUACAGGGACAAGUAAAUACAACAUUCCAUGAUGUAGUCAAUAAAGAGAAUUCCAGUGGCAAUAAUUAUUUAGAUGUUAAAAUUCAUGGUACACAUGCAAUUAUUAAUCUUCGGUAUGGUACGACAGUCGAUAAAGAGAAGAUAAGAUUGAUGCAUCAUGCAAAAUUGCAAGCAGUAAGGAAGGCGUGGACACGCGAAAAAGAAUUACUUGCUGAUGGACUAUUAACAUCUACGGAAUGGAAUCAAGCUGAUAUGGAUGAGAUAUUGAAGCAAGGCUACUCAAAUUAUUACGAUUGUCAAUACAUUCAUGAUGUUAAUAUUUAUCCUGAACUGUCCGAGGACCCAUACAAUAUUAGAUUUGUAAAGAAAAAAUUUAAUCAAAGUAAGAAGCGACGACGACGAGAAUCGAAUAAUGAAACAGAAUCAAACGAAUUUGAAAGUUGAAUUAAAUGAAAUUAAAUUCGAUUAUAUUCAAUUAAAAUUUAUUUUGUAGAAUAUAAAAAAAAAAAUUCUCUCUCAUCAGCGUCUUAAUUUAAAUUGAGACAGAAAAGCUCGAAUUUUGCUCUAUCGCGCGAAAUAAAAAAAUUUAAUUGAGAUAAUUAAAAGGAAAAAAAGGUAGGAAAAAAAUUUCAGCGAGAAUCAAAGGAAAAAAACAAAACUGGAAAGAUUUUAUUUUUAAUUAAACGCUUAUUAAAUGUUUAACAUAACAGUAUGAAUUAAGGCACGACGAAUGGAAGCUUUUACGAAUUAAUUUAAUUUACUUGGGAUAUAGGCAUAGAAGAUGAGAGGAAGGGAAUUAAUAUGGAGGGAUAUUAUUGUGCUUUUUAUGAAGAGUUUUGAGGUGGAUAAUUUGCAUUGGUUUGAAAGUUUUUUGAGAAUUUAAAUUUCGUAAAAUUUUCAAAAUUUUAUCCACAAAAAACUCUUCAUAAAACCAAUAAAAACAAAAUUUCAUAACAAUAAUUAAUCACAGAAGAGAUGUAAGAAUGUUGUAGAAACUAAAAUAAAAAUCUUUCAUGUUGUACGUGAAAGUUUGCAUGGUGAUUGACUAGAAUGACUCAAAAACUGUAACUGUUUUUAUAUCCCUGAAAAAAAAAUGUAAUGAUUGUGUAUGCAAAAAAAUAGACGUGGGUGUAAAUUUAAUGAAAUAUACAAUAACAAAAUUGGAUACGAAUCAUAUUGUGAAGAUCUAUAGAAUUAUUUCAAUCUGCAGUAUGAGUCGGAAUUCGAUUAAAUUAUUAAAAAUAUAAAAAAAGUUUAAGAUUAAAAAACAAAUAAAUAAUUAAGUUAAUGGAAAAAAAAGUGGAGGUUAGGGACGAGAUUUAAAAAAUUUUCCGAUCAACAACGAUUCUAAGUUUUGGAAAAAAAUAAAAAUACUGCAAAUUCAAAAAAUAAAAUUUCAAAACAUUUUCGUAAAUAAAAUCCCAAAAAAAAAUUGAUUGUUUUUAAAAAGUUUCAAAAAUCUCCCAACCUAGAAAAACCAAAAAAAAAAUCUACCAACAAAAGAAAAUUGUAUAAAUAAUAUUAAUAACUUUUGUAUCAUAGUAAGACGUAAUGAAUUAACAAUUAUUAUUAAAUAUAUUACUUAUUGUUGUUAUUAUCAAUAUCUAUGUUCCUUCAUGGCUCUCUCUUAAUCGAGAUAAUAGCGCUAAAAAUCCACACAACAAUUAUUAAUUAUAAAUGAUGAAAAAAACUACUCAAAAAUCCUUCCAUGCAGAACACAAAAAAAAAAUAUGUAAGAUGAAAAAUUUACAAGAAAAAAAAUACAUGAUUGAAUAAGAAAAAAUGAUACAAAAAACUUUAUAAAUAGCAUAAAUGGGGUAAAAUAUUAUUAGAAAAUAGAGAGAUAUUAUUUGAAAUUUUUUAUUUGUGGUGUUCGAGAUGGACUUCAUGGACUUGAAUGACUUGGGGAAAAAUAAAUAAAUUUGAAAAUUUCAAGAAUUGGAAAUUUAAAAUUUAUUCAAAAAAGCUUUCGAAAAUUUAAAAGAAACUUCUGAAAGUUCAAAAAAGCUCUCAAAAAUUUUAAAAAACUUCUGAAACUUCAAAAAAAAUUCCAAAAUUGCAAAAAAGCUUCAACAUUUUUUCAAAAAAAUUCAAAAUUUCAUAAAAGCUUUCAAAACAGUUAAAAAGCUCUUUUCAAUGUUCAAAAAAUCUCAAAAAAAGCUUCAAAAUGUUCAAAAAGCUCUUAACAAUUUCAAAAAGCUCGCGAAAAAAUAAAAAAGCUUCUAAAAGUUAAAAAAAUUCAUUCACAUUUUCAAAAAAGCUCUCAAGAUAUCAAAGAAGCUUCCAAAAAUUCAAAAUCUCUCGAAAAGUUCAAACCAUACAAUUCUACGUGGACUUCCAAUCCAAAAUCUCUCGUAAAACCACAAAAUUAAUUUGUUUUCAUAUUUUUUCCACAAAUUUACUCCCAAAUGAUUGUAAUUAAUGGAGAACAUUAUCGUCUUCAUUCAAGUUCUUGUUAUUAAUUUCCUUAUUUAUUGCAUUCAUUCAACGACGCUUCUGUUUUCAUUCCAACAUCUUUGUUCGAUUAUUUUGAUCUCAUUUUAAAUUAUUUGUUUUCUUCAUUAAGUUGUUUAAACUCUUUUGUUUUAAUUGUGAUAUAUUAUGUAAGACUGGGUAUAAGAUAUAAAUAUGAAAACAUUAAUAAAAAAAAUAUGAAAGGACAUAAAAAAUUGUAAAUUAAAAAUCCAAAUGAUGAUAAAAAGCCGAAACCAAAAAGAAGAAAAUUAAGAUGACAAAAAAAUAAAUUUGAACAUAUUGUAAAUAGCGG